AUGGGGUGUUCGUUAUCGGGAUUGAACUCGCUUUACGACGCAGUGAACGGAGGAGGAGACGUGUGGAUCAAUGAGAAUCGUUUCAGGAUCGUGAGGCAGCUCGGCGAAGGAGGCUUCGCGUUCGUCUUUUUGGUCAAAGAGAUUAUCUCCGAUGCUUCCUCCGGUGAUGGUUUGGCCAAGAAAGUGAAAGAUCCUGCUCAUCUCUCCGCUGAUGGAACUUAUGCUAUGAAGAAAAUUCUGAUCCAGAACAAGGAGCAGCUCGAAUUGGUUCGGGAGGAGAUUCGUGUUUCGUCACUCUUCAACCACCCUAAUUUGCUUCCUCUCCUUGACCAUGCCAUUAUUUCCGUUAAGGACGGUCAAGAAGGAGGUUGGAAACACGAGGCCUUCUUGUUAUUUCCUGUUCAUCUCGAUGGGACCUUACUGGAUAAUGCAACAUCUAUGAAGGCUAAAAAGGAAACAUUCUCAACAACUGAUGUUUUGCAGAUAUUUCGUCAGCUUUGUGAUGGACUCAAGCACAUGCACUCUCUGGAUCCACCAUAUGCACACAAUGAUGUCAAACCUGGUAACGUGCUUUUAACACGUAGAAAAGGACAGCCUCCUCUUGCUAUUUUAAUGGAUUUUGGGAGUGCUCGUCCUUCACGCAAGCAAAUCCGCUCCCGUCAAGAGGCCCUACAGUUACAGGAGUGGACAUCUGAACAUUGUUCAGCACCGUUUAGAGCUCCAGAGCUCUGGGAUUGUCCAAGCCAUACAGAUAUCGAUGAGAGAACAGACAUUUGGUCACUAGGCUGCACACUAUACGCAAUAAUGUAUGGUGUGUCUCCAUUUGAAUAUGCACUUGGAGAAUCUGGUGGAAGUCUACAGCUAGCAAUCAUGAACGCUCAGGUAAAAUGGCCAAACGCAGGACCAAAGGCUUCUUAUCCUGAAGCUCUUCACCAGUUUGUGACUUGGAUGCUGCAACCUCAGCCUGCGGUUCGACCAAGCAUUGACGCUAUAAUCAUCCACGUCGACAAAUUGAUUGCAAAAUUCACCAAAUGAUUCAUAUUUCUGGUGGUUUUCUAAAGAGGUGAAAGGAAAGAACAGAAGAGAAAAGGGUUUCUAUAUAUUGUCUUCUUCUUUUUUUUUUUUUGUGUUUAGCGAUUUUGAAAAAAUCCCAUAUUAGAUACACAUAGUUUUAACAGUCGUGGUAAUGUUGCUAUCUUCGUAAUGUAUUUUGAACAAUUAGGAUUCUUUUUUUUUUCUUGUUUUUUGGGGUGGAAUCAAUAAAUUUACUUAAGACCAUCUCAUCAAUAAAUU